AUGUCAGAUGCUGUCACACUGACGGGGUCGUCUGUGUACGCUGUACCAGGGUCUGGGUUUACAUUGACGUGUGAUGUACCAGAUGAGGCCAAGAGGGUUUGGUUUUUCCGCCGUUCUGAAGAGACAUUUCGAGAAGGAUAUGUUCAAGUAGAUGCUUAUCAAUGUUUAAACAUGAAUGCAUUCCCGCCUGUCCCCUGUACCCCGGAUGUCUGUUCUUGUGUAACGUCUGGAGGCCUCGGUACAGUGUUCCGAUUGAUCAUACAGCCACAGACUGAAGACCAUGGAUCUGUGUGGUUCUGUGGACGUGCUAACACCAACCUACCUAACCCGUCACUGGAUAGUGCUGAUUUCAUCCUCAAAGUUGCAAGCGGUCCCGGUACGUCCAUAGCUCUGUCACCGCCGGACACUACAUACACCAGGACAGAGGGCGAUACAUUACCAGAUAUCACAUGUUCAUCGGAUUGUAGACCUGGCUGUACCUUCGUCUGGACACGACCGGACAAUACCAACUUUACUGUUUCACCUGUAUUGUCACUGAAACAACUGGAGACGUCGGAACACGGGACGUACAAGUGUACAGCUAGAAAUAUUGCUGGGGAAUCAACUUCAACAGUCAGUGUUUCCGUACAUUAUGGACCUGGGGACAGCAUUUCAUUUGAACCUCAACAAGAUACCGUUGACGUCGCUGAAAAUCAUACCAUCACAGAUGUCACUUGCUCUGCUGACUGUAGACCGUUGUGUACCUACACCUGGUCUAAAUCAGGAACGAAUUACCCGAACCCGUUGAGUCUAUCUAUGGCCACGAGGACAAAUGCUGGACAAUACACAUGUACAGCCAGUAAUACUGUUAGUCAAGGCACUAAGACGUGGAACCUUUUUGUCAGAUUUCCACCUCGAAUUAUCGAUGUUGUUUACAGCCGAGGAGAUGUUGACAUGAGAGAACAUGAAUCUAAAUCACUGAUCUGUACUGUGGAGAGUUAUCCUCCGUCCACAAUACAGUGGCUUUAUAAAGCUAACAACACUAUUCUACUCAACACCCCUGACGUCUUAGAGAGUACCUUUACCCUGACUAACGUUAAAUGUCUGGACACAGGACUGUAUACCUGCGUCGUAAGGAACAGCAUGUCUGCAACAGCUGUCACCAGGGACAUACCUGUCAACGUUCUCUGUAAACCUCGCCAGGACCAAAGAGUUGCACUUGAACAUACCUUUUUAUUAGCAACGUCGGAAACGCUAGUCAUUCCUGCUAGAUUCCUGUCUAAUCCAGAGCCAUCAUAUAGUUGGUCAUUUCAAUCACCAACAACAGCAGCUGUCACUGAUCUUGUUGAUGGAAGAAACAAUUUUAAUGUACAAUCUUCCUUCGUAAUGAUGAAUCUGUCAGCAGUAUCAGUUGGGACACGUGCAGAUAUACAAGAACCAUGGUUUGGCGUGUACAAUGUAACGGCAACAAACAGUCAAGGCAGUCACUCACUGACUUUCACAGUUCUGGCAAAAGGAAAUCCCAGACCGCCAACGAAUUUAUCAGUCAGUUGUGGGAAUCCAUAUUCCGUCCAUGUAUCGUGGAAUAACGGAGGGUACACAAACUACUUCCAUGUUUUAUACAGUACUGAUAACUUCAUACGGUCACUUACGUAUCCCACCGAUAUUUCAGAAAAGAGCGCAGACGAAAAUGACGUUUACAAUGUUACUAUAGACAAUCUCGAAGGAAACAGGCUAUACUUCUUUAAGGUCAUAGCUUACAACUCUAACGCGAACCGUACAUCACUUGAAACAGCUGGAUGCAAAGUUCUGGAAGGUAAAUCCUGUAGUACUGACAGCAUCUGUAUAACAGGAGUUGCGCUGACAUGCAUUGGUGGACUUAUGAUUACGCUAACAUUUGGACUUGGAAUCUUCAUCUCUCGAAAUGGUCGACUUCCAUUAACCAAAGGCCGGCGUUUGAAGGGCAAGAAGGUUGAUAACGUACAACUUCGCGAACAAAAUGUUCAUUCUCAAGGGGACGAUGAAAGAUCAUACCAACAACUUGACAGAAGUGAUAUUGGCAUGCCUUCUGUAUACUCUGAAAUCGGCCAAAUCGGAAAUCAACAGCAAGAUACUAACGAUGAUGCAACAGAUAACAGAAACUAUGAGUCACUGAAAGGGCGGUCAAGGGCGAAUGUUUAUGAUGAGUUGCAAAACACUGCAUCUGGAAGCCAAGGUGUAUAUACCAACACUUCAUGUAAAUCUACACAUCAUUACAAUUGAAACAUUUGGAUGUAUGUAUAUUGGAACGAUCGAUGGAGAUGUGCUAAAACAUUGGAUUGAAUAUACAUUGAGUAGUGUAUAUCACGUACUCUGUUGAAUAUCAAGAGUGUCAAUUUAGAAAGAAGACAUUUUUGACUUUGUUCUUUUUUCAAGACAGAAUAAAAUAUCCUGCAGAUUAGAAUAUGACAACCCUAGAUUCCCAAAAUAUAGGGUUUUAUCAG